CUCUCCCAAACCUCCCCAAAUCCCCCAAUCCCAAUGCCCUCCCAGUCCCAUCCCUAGCUCGCUCCACCCCAAUCCCCCACCCCCACCAUGGCCCUCUCCUCCCGCGCCGCCGCCUUCCCCCACAUCUCCCUCCCCUCCCCUCGCCCCCGCGUCUCCCUCCGCCCGCCACCCCCGGCCCCGCGCUCCCUGCGCCUCGACCGCGUCGUCGCCGACACCACCGCCGAGCUGGGCCUCGAUGGCGGCGGCGGCGGCGGGCUGCUCGCCGCCGCCAUCGAGCACCUCGAGCGGGAGCCGGCGUUCGCGGGGGAAGGGGAGGACGCCGCGGCGGCGGCGUCGGCGCAGCUCGCGGCGCUGUCCCCGCGGGAGCUGCAGCUGGUGCUCGUCUACUUCGCGCAGGAGGGCCGCGACGCCUACUGCGCGCUCGAGGUGUUCGACUGGCUCCGCCGCGCCAACCGCGUCGACGGGGAGACCAUGGAGCUCAUGGCCGCCAUCGCCUGCGGGUGGAUCGAGCGCCUCGUGGGCGGCGGCGGGGACGUCGCCGACGUCGCCGCGCUGCUCGGGGAGAUGGACUGCGUCGGGCUCCGCCCCGGGUUCAGCCUCGUCGAGAAGGCCGUCGCGCUCUACUGGGACCGCGGCGACAGGGGCAGCGCCGUCGACUUCGUCAGGGACGUCCUCAGGAGAGGGGGCGUCGGCGUCGGCGUCGGCGACGGAGGGGAGUAUGGCGGUGCUAGCGACGGCGAGCGCGGAGGGCCCGUCGGAUACCUCGCGUGGAGGAUGAUGAUGGAUGGGGAUUACCGGGAUGCUGUUAAAUUGAUCAUUGAAUUUAAGGAGAGUGGCUUGCAACCUGAAGUGUAUAGUUAUCUUAUUGGGUUGACUGCCUUGGUUAAAGAACAAAAGGAAUUCUCAAAGGCAUUGCGGAAAUUGAAUUCAUCGGUGAAGGUGGGCUCGAUUUCCAAACUUGACUCUGAGACUAUGCAUAGUAUUGAAAAUUACCAAUCUGAAUUAUUAAGUGAUGGUGUUCUUUUAUCAAAAUGGGCAAUUGAGGAAGGCAGCAGUGAUGUCCUAGGACUUGUGCACGAGAGGCUCCUUUCAUUGUACACUUGCGCUGGUUGUGGCUUAGAAGCUGAGCACCAACUUUGGGAAAUGAAGCUUCUUGGUAGGGAACCUGACACACAGCUCUAUGAUGUUGUUUUGGCCAUCUGCGCUUCUCAGGGAGAAGUUGCUGCCGUCCGUCGAUUGCUCGCUGGAGUCGAGUCAACCAGUGCUGGAAGAAGGAAGAAGUCUCUGUCAUGGCUUCUACGAGGCUAUGUCAAAGGCGGCUUUUAUCUGGAGGCCUCGGAAACACUCAUGAAGAUGCUUGACAUGGGCUUGUAUCCAGAGUACCUAGACAGAGCAGCUGUGCUGACCGCCCUGCGGAGAAACAUACAGGAAUCUGGCAGCCUGGAGUCCUACAUGAAACUCUGCAAGCGACUCUCCGAAACUGAUCUGAUUGGACCGUGCGUCAUAUAUCUAUACGUGCGCAAGUUCAAACUAUGGAUGAUGCACAUGCUGUGAGCCUAUCUGGCUCUGAAGUUACUUAUGCUCAUGUGAAGCUGGAGCUUCAAAUGCUUUUGAGGGCUCUGGUGAAGGAGACGCUAGAAGACUCUGACUGGGAGGGUGAAGCAGCUGGUACAUAUUUACGGUUCCUUGUAUAUUUUUGGCUGAAAAGGAGCUCGAUUCGAGUUGUUCAUCCUCGUCGGAGCUAUUUGUUGGACGAGACUACGAGAGUACAUACAGAAUUUGUAAAUCUUCAGUGCUGCCAUCACCGGUUGGUGGUGAAACGAGGACAAUAGUUGGUGUAGGGUAUCGUACACGAGACUGUCGAUCAAUGUACACUUUGCCUUUCGGACCUUCUAAUUGUAUAGUCCUGGUAUAUAUGGGAAAAGAAAAGGGAGCAACUUGUAAAGUUAAAUGUAACAUAUACAUCAGGAGUGGCAUGGCGUGGCAGUGGCGACCGAGCAGAGAUAUGCACUGCAGGUGAGGUACGAUAGGAAGAGAGGUCAUCUGCAUCGCGAAUUCACGAUUCCUAGUUUAGUUUAUUAGGUAGUAGGGUUUUUCAUCUUAAAAAAGAAUGAAGCGUACUGCUUACUGAA